AUGGGGGGAAAUAAUUCUCACAAAAAAAAGGAGCAAAACAAAUUUGGCAAUAGGCCGGAAAUCAAAUUGACAAAUGGAGGUCCAGUAUUUUUGACGAAUGCCGAGGGGCAAAAAUAUGAAUUCGCAAACAAGCACGGGUUCAACUCCGUCCUGAAGGAUGGGUACCGGAUCGUGAAGAACAACGAAGACGCAAUCCUGAAGAACAUCGAGGCGUGCAAAGAAAUUUGCGGGAUAAUUCAGACGUCCCUUGGGCCCAAGAGUAUGAACAAGCUAAUCAUUAACCACAUCAACAAGAAGGUGGUGUCCAGUGACUGUAUCACCAUCCUGAAGGACCUAGAGAUAAAUCACCCAGUGGUAAAUAUUUUGAAAAAGCUUUCAGAGACGAUGAACUAUGAAUAUGGAGAUUUCACAAAUUACGUUUUUACCUUAACAACGGAGAUGUUGGAUAAAGCUAGCCAUUUGAUUCAACAAGGAUUUAACAUAAAUGAUAUAUUGAGUGGGUUCAUUUUAGGAUACAAGGAAAUCGAGAGAAUCAUUUCAUCUGAAUUGGUUGCUUAUAAAAUGGAAAAUUUCUGUGAUGAAAAAGAAAUUAAAAAAGUUAUUAAAUCUGUUAUGGUCACGAAAAAUCUUACAAACAAUUAUGAGUUUAUAACUACUCUUUUAGCUCAAUGUAUAGCUACUCUCAUGCCAGAAGAUAAAGUGGAACUGUUUGAUGUGGACAAUAUUAGAAUAUCGAAAUUGAAUGGAGGGAAUUUAAUCGAUUCUGAGUUUAUUAUGGGGAUGGUAAUUACUAGGGAUACACAUGGAAUUGUUAAGAGGAAAGAAAAUGCAAAUGUCAUUGUGCUUAAUUGUGGAUUGGAAGCAGCUACGACGGAGACCAAAGGGACAGUACUCCUUAACAACGCACAAGAAUUACUAAACUUCACCAAAGGGGAAGAAGAACAAAUGAAAAAAAUUAUUUCAAGUAUAAAAAAAGAAGGAGUAGAUGUGAUCAUUGUUAAUGGAGCCAUCUCAGAUAUAGCACAACACUUUUGUGAUGCAGAACAAAUUAUGACAUUGAAAAUUCCUUCCAAAUUUGAAACCCUACGUUUGUGCAAACUUCUUAACAUAAGUUCCCUUGUGAAGUUAGCAGUUCCUAAACCAGAAGAAAUUGGAAAAGCCUCCUCCAUAUAUGUCUCUGAAAUUGCUUCCAAAAAAGUAACCAUUAUUAAUUCGAUUAAUAAAAAGGUCAGUACGAUUAUCCUAAGGGGGGCCACAUAUAAUCUGUUGGAUGAAGUGGAAAGAUGUAUCCAUGACGGAAUAAAUGCUAUAAAAAACGCCAUAAAAGGAAAUACUUUUGUGUAUGGUGGGGGUUGUAUCGAAGUUCAGCUAUGUGAACGACUUAAAAAAUAUGCUCAACAGUUAAAGGGUGUACACAAUUACAGCGUUAAAAUUUUUGCAGAAUCUUUUCUCGUUGUUCCACGUAUCCUUGCCACUAACUGUGGGUAUAACAGCACGGAUGUCCUGAACCAACUUAUUAAUGAACACAAUAAGGGGAACACCGAUGCUUGUGUAAAUAUAAAUAAGGACUCUUUUAUCACCUCCGCCAAGGAUAACUGCAUAUAUGAUAACCUCAAGUGCAAGAAGUAUGCUAUCGAUUUAGCCAUGGACGCCCUCCAGACCAUUCUCAAGAUCGACCAGAUUAUCCUGGCCAAGCCCGCCGGCGGCCCAAAGCCGCGCGACAAAAACCCCGACUACGACGACACCUUUUAG